AUGAACACCGUUUUGUUUUGCAGGCGGCCGAGCGAGGUUAGGGUUAGGAUACCCACACACGACCCAUUCACUGUUAUGGCCGCGACAGCUAACAAAUCGAAAAACUACGACCGCGAUGGGACCGUCGUAGACGUGAAACUGUUUAAAGCGAUCGGGUUGUUCCAGAUACUGAGCGCGGGCGGCCGGUGGCACCGGACCGCAUUACAGAUCGGCCUGUGCACGUACUUCGGGUCGAUCAUUUUGAACGUCGCGUGCCUGUAUUUGGCGUCGAACGACUUUCAGCGGUUAACGUACCUGUCUCUGUUGAUUAUUAUUGCGGCAAUGUACGCGCUAAAGGCGUACGUGCUGUUGGUCAACGCGGACCGACUGUGGGCCGUGCUGGACCUGGCCCGGUACGCGUUCACUUCGUGUGGCCAACGGGACCCGUCACGGCUAUCCCGGUGCCGGACCGCGUUGUCUACGCUGCUCCACGCAUUGGUGGUGAUCAACUACGGCGCGGCGGUCGUCUGGCUGGUAUCGCCGUUCUUCGUCCAAGAUAAACGGCUGUCCGUUACCCACCUGGACCGCGACGUCAAGGAAUACCGAAUAGGCAUAUUCAAUUUAUGGGUACCGAUGUCCAACGCGGCGUACAACUCGCCGGUCGGCUGGUCCCUGGUCUACGCGUACGAGGCGUUCAUCUUGUUUUUCAACUGUACCGUUUGGUCGCUGUUCGACUGUUACUUGUUGACCGCGUGCUUCUCGCUGAACGCCCAGUUCCACACCUUGACCGCAGGAUACGCGGCGCUCGGCUGGCGGUCACCGUUACGGGAUACCACCGACACCCCUCGUCACGGUAAGGUACUUCCUCUAUAAAACAAAAUGCCAAUACAAUUCAAAAGCAGAACCCAAUCCCCACGUAUACGUACACUCUGUUACUCUUUCUAGAUCUAUAAUAACAAGGCGAUACGCGGAUAACUUUUUUUUUUUCCAGGUGACGAUCGUUAUCGCGAUUUAAUUUCUCUCAUUAAGGAUAAUCAACAAAUCGUUAAGUCAGUAUCUCGUAAUAACCAGGGAUCGAAUUUUAUAGCAUUUGCAAAUUAUUAUAGAAUAAAGUAACAAAAUAGCUGAAUAAGCUUUACAUUUGUUCAUAUUUCUAAAUAAGAAACUGUAUAUUACAAUUUUUUUUCCUGCGCACAACAUUUCUACCGGCAAUUUUGCUCCAACUUAUAAUGAUAGCAAUGUUUCUAAAAGGAAAUUUCUCUUGGGCGGUACUUUUGAAAGGUCAUUCUUCGAUUUUCUCAAGAGUUUUCCCAGCAAAUGUGAAAAACCGGGAUAAAACACGGGAAAACUGGGAAAAUCGAUAAAACAUUAAACAAAUAUUACUCAAGAAAAUAUAGAAAACAUAGCUUAUUUUAACCCUUUUAGAUAAUUUUAUGGCGCUUAUUUUAAUAUCUGUUAGAUCAUACAUACAGGUAUUAUAGCGCACAGGCAUAGGUAGUUCAGUUAUUUUCAGUGCUAUAAAAUCCGAGUCCUAUAGUAAUAACUAAACACUGUUAAUAUAUAAAUCUACUAGAAACGAUGCGAACUAUGAUGAUUAUGUGUUUUUAUUUUUAUUUCUAUGUUCACUUUCAGGAAACACGAUGAUUUUCACCACGCUGUCCAAGUCGUAGUCAUUUUGCAAAUAGCUAAUUGUUCGGUUACGGGGGUUUUAGCAAUAUUUUUUAUUGCAUUGGUAAGCAGCCGCGGUGUAUGGAAUAACACUUUCGAGUCGGACACUUGUAUCUACGAGUAUUAUAAUUUAUAAUGUUAUUAGUAACUGAAUGCAUAUUUUUUACUUUGCCAAGAUGUUUAUGUCCGGCUGGUCGCUGAUGUCCCCACUGGUUUUGAAAAUCAUCGGCACUUACGUGGUAGUAGAAAUUCAACUGGGUAUUUAUUGUUACGCGUUUAGCUACGUAGAAAUUGCGGUAAAAAAAAAAAUAUACACUAAAUACAAUUAUUUAUUAAAUGUCCCGUAUCAAUGAUUAUAUUCAAAUUUUUUUCCUCCAGAAAUCUGCGGUGAACUUCGGACUGUACAGCAGUAACUGGACCGAAAUGAAUUUGAAAUUCAAAAAGACAAUAUUGACGGCGAUGAACAUGAACAUUUGCCACAAGCGCAUUACGAAGCUGACACCGACAACCGUCAUAAAUCUCGAAUUGAUUUGUAGGGUGAGUAUUCGAAUAAUUCAUACACAAACCCAAGUAGCGAAGAUUUACUGUCGAAUAACUUAAAUUUCUUACAUAUUACUGAUAGAAAAACUGUGGGUUCGAAGGAGUAAUAAUCCAACGUAUUAUUAUUUUUCAGGUGAUAAAAACUUCGUAUUCGAUAGUCUCAUUGUUACUGAACACGACUGUCGAAAAAACAAUCAAAUGA